CUGCGGCCAGACGAUAACAAUUUGCUCUAUCAGAGACAAUCUAGGCGGUGCAGACGCACCCUUCUCUUAUCAUUAUUGGGAAUCCACAAUACUCGUCCGGCCCACCGGCCGCCCACCCAAUCAUAUGCUUCUCGGAGGGGAGCAGGUUGCUUUAAAAACUGCAUCUGGUGCUGGAGAUUUGCUGACCAGCACGGAAAAUCCUUGAGCAGGCAAAAUGGUUGAAUGGACAGACUUCGAGCGCGCCACCAUCCAGGACAUCUUCAGCAAGAUGGAGUAUGAGGUCGUGGGACCUGCAGCUCUUUCCAGGUGUCUGAUCGUCUACCCCUGGACUCAGAGGUAUUUCGGCAACUUUGGAAACCUCUACAACGCAGCUGCUAUCAUGGGGAAUCCUCUGAUUGCAAAACACGGAACAACUAUCCUCCACGGUCUGGACCGGGGUGUGAAGAACAUGGACGACAUCAAGGCGACCUAUGCCGAGCUGAGCGUGCUGCACUCCGAGAAACUGCACGUGGACCCCGACAAUUUCAGGCUCAUUUCCGACUGCCUGACCAUUGUGAUCGCUGCUCGAAUGGGUAAAGACUUCACUGGUGAGGUCCAGGCAGCUUUCCAGAAGUUCAUCGCAGUGGUGGUGAACGCCCUGGGAAGACAGUACCACUAGAGAGCUGCAGCAGAAGACCAUCA